CUUAUUUUCCUUUAAGAUAGAUGAUAAAAUAUAUCUCAAAAUGUCAAGUUUUUUUUAUUUACGUACACAUUAUAUAUCAAACGAUAAAGGACAAUCAGCGGAAUGUAAAAAUCGAUUGAGGCGUAAACAGUCGAAAUUUUUGUUGAUUAGACUACAUAAAAUGAUCGACAAAAUAUAUGAAGAAUGGAAGAAUUAUUAGCGAGACCGAAUUCGGAUGGAAAGUUAGAGAUUGAUCCAUUAGAGGUUAACGAGGGCGAAAGAAGUGAGAAUGUCGAGAGGCACGAAAACGGAAAGACUUUGUUCUCAAAUGGCGAUAUGUAUGUCGGUCAAUAUCGUAACGGGUUUAGGCAUGGCGAAGGUACCUAUGUAUUUAAAAACGGUGCCCGAUAUAACGGCGAUUGGAGACACGGACAGAAAUACGGGCAAGGGACCUUUUGGUACCCUGACGGAACGCGAUACGAAGGGGAAUGGAGACGUAAUGCGAAACACGGCUUCGGUACUUAUUGUUAUAUGAACAAUGACAUUUAUGAAGGCUCGUGGAAGGAAGAUCUUCGUCAUGGUAUAGGAACGUAUUUAUAUGCUGACACAGGGACGAAAUAUAUAGGUACGUGGAUGGAAGACCGCAUGCAAGGACCCGGACAACUCAUUCAUGCGCGCUAUCAAUUUCAUGGUUUUUGGAAGAUGAAUUUGCCGUACGGACGUGGUUGCUUCACUUUUGAGGACGUGUGUAUGCAGCAUGGUCAUUACAUACACGAGACCGAUAAUGACGUUGAAAAGGGAACAUUGAAAGAAGAAUCAUCUCCGAAAAUGGGCUUCCUACUGAUGUGGCGCGCACGUUGUAUCACUCCUUAUAACCCGGAAUUAUUGCCGCCGGAAACAGUAUUCCUGCGAGAGGAAGUGUCAACGGAAUCUUCACUCAUCAAAGACGAAGAUGAUGUUAGGCCAAAGAUCGAAGGGUCCUCCGAUUACCUGGAAGAUUAUCACGAAGAACAUUAUCAGGAAAAGGAACUGUCGUCUCAGAUCGACAGUCUUUAA